AACCCCCUCAUGUCCCACAGGAGGCUCUGGAGUUGGAGGAUGGGGCUGGUGCUCCUGCCGUGCCUCAGUUUCCCCGCAGGUCCCUCCCGCCCCUCCGUGUCCCACAGGAGGCUCCUCAGCAGGACGAUGGGUCCCAGCAGGACCAAGGGGUGGCAGAAGGAGGUGAGAAGGAGGAGGAGGAGGCCUUCCUCAUCAGCCUCUACCAGUUCAUGAAGGACCGACACACGCCCAUCGAGCGGAUCCCCCACCUGGGCUUCAAGCAGAUUAACCUCUGGAAGAUCUACAAAGCUGUGGAGAAACUGGGAGCCUACGAGCUGGUGACGGGCCGGCGGCUGUGGAAGAACGUGUACAACGAGCUGGGGGGCAGCCCGGGCAGCACCAGCGCCGCCACCUGCACCCGCCGCCACUACGAGAGGCUGGUCCUCCCGUACGUGCGGCACCUGAAGGGGGAGGAUGACAAGCCCCUGCCCCCCAGCAAGCCCCGCAAGCAGUACAAGGUCUCCAAGGGUCCCCAGAUGGGUGAGAAGACCAAGAGGGCCAAGAAGGAGAAGGGUGGGGAGCAGAUGCCUCAGGACAAGGUGAAGGUGGCCACCAGCACAGAGGACACCAGGGACACGGAGGACACCAGGGACACGGCCAAGCAGGGCCAGGUGGCUGAGGGAGGCUCCAGCCCAAGGCCAAGCUCCUCAGGGGGGUGUCCUGGUCCCUGCCACCCCCAACCCUCCAAGCGCCUUUUCUCCAGCUUCUACUCCAAAGGCAACCACCCCAUCAUGUCCCCCCUGGCCAAGAAGAAGCUGCUGGCCCAGGUGACCAAGGCUGAGUCCCUGCACUGCCACAAACACCCCAGCCCAGAGCCCCCCAGGCUGCCCACCAGCCCCCACCUCCAUGACCAAAGGAGCCUGGAGCCAUCAGGAGCUCAGGAUACAGCUCCCAACGUCGGGAGUGAGGUGGGACCCAUUCCCAGUGUAUCUCCUGGUGGGAAAGACGAGGAGGGGGCUCCAGCACCCACCAUCUUCACUGGCUGCUUCCAGGCCUACCCCAACGAGGUGGUGAAACCCACCAGCUCCCACUCCUUCUGGGGGUGCUUCUCCAGCUUGAAGGAUUUUUUGGAGCCCACUUCCACCUUCCCAUCACGAGCGGAGGAGCCGGAACAACCCCAAGACCUACGGAGCAAAGCGUGGAGCAGGGAGCAGAGAGGAGCAGGGGCCACCCCGGGGGUCUGCUGGGUGCCCCCCGGGACCAGCUUCACCCCCGUGGGCAAGCGUGGCAGGAGGGAGGAGGAGGAGGUGGCUUUCGGCCCCACGUUGGGUGCCAUCCCCCGCUUUGGCAAAGAGGCUGGUGGCAGGGACAGGGGGUUGGCCAAACCCAAGGCUGUGGUGGCCAACCCUGGCUACUCAGCAGCACCACCACCACCCCCAGGCCCGGACGUUUACACGGGGGCCAUGCUCUAUUUCCCAGCCAGUUUUGGCAACCUACCAGAGCACCUCAAAACCCAAGGGGUUCCAGUGGCACCUUCCCUCUCUGCCAACCCCUUGGUCAUUCCUGCUUUUCCCAGCCCUUUGGUAGCUCCUUCCCCACAAACCUCCGAGCUGUGCCGGCCGCUGGCGACCGGUCCCGGGCGUUACCCGGUGUCCUACGGGAGCACCAUGAGACACCGGAUCUACCCGGAGAGGUGGCACCACCAACCCCCCUACACCCCCUCAACCUUCCACCACCACACCAAGCUCUAGCUUCCCAUCCCAUCCAGCAGCAUUCCCUAGGGAGAAGGGAGAGAGCUGGGAUGGUGCCGUGGCUGAGCCGGGGCAGCGAGGAACGUGCCGGUGACAAGGGGACAAAGAGGGGACCAUCAAGUGGGGUCAUUCUGAUCUUCAAGCUGUUUGGAUCGUGACACCAGUGGCUUAAUGACCAACAGCACGAGGUUUUUAUGGAUCUAUAUCAUAUAUAUAUUAUAUAUAUACACAGGUAAAUAAGA